AUGGUUAAGGACGUUGCAUUGCACUCCUCUUCAUCAACUUCACUAUCAUCUUUAUUUAAGCCAACUAAGUUGAAAAAUUUAUCGGCGAAAAUAUUCAACAGCGGUGGUAACCACCAAUCAUACACAAAGGCGGACGAUAUUUCAAGAUCUUCCUCUAGAUCUUCAAAAAAAAAUACAGAUACUGUCCAGGAGGAUCACAUAAAGUAUAGUAAACCCAACGAGCGAAGGCCAAAUAUAGGCAACAACACUGAGGUGAAUGGCACGCCAUCAAAAGAUUCACAUGCAGUAGCAAGUUCUACAUUGGCAGGGAUCUCUCCCUCUCCGGUCAAGAAUGCUCCUACAGAGUACCCUUCGUCGCGGUCCUUACACAACAAUCACAAUCAUGGACAUACUGGACAUACUGGACAUACUGGACAUACUGGACAUACUGGACAUACUGGACAUACUGGACAUACCGUGUCCCACUUGCCCCAUAGUAUCCACAACCCAAUGAACUACAUUCAUCAAGGUUCAAAAGAUACUUUCCACCACCCUCACCCUCUUCGCCCCUCAGCUCAUAACAACAUAUCUACAGUAUCUUCAGCCAAAUCUAAUGCAUCUUCAAGUUUAUCAUAUCAGGCGCAUAUGCACCCUGUAGAAAUACUACAAAAACAGAUUGAAGACAGACACCUCCUGGACUCUCAAGCCUCCACCCCUGGGUCUGUAGAAUUGCAACAUAAUUCGUCAAGUGGCAGUGAUGACACCUCAUCUAAAAAGAAAAAAUCUCUAAGACUAACGAGAUUUUUCAAAAAAAUUCAUAACGAUUAUCAUGACAAUCAUCAUCACCACCAUCACAAUCGUGGGUCCACUCCCACGAAACCGAAGCCUUAUUCAAGUACCAACGAAAGUUUGGUAGAAAAUAACAGCAAAACAUUAUACGAGACGGAUAAUCCAGUGGAGCUAUUAGAAAAAUAUGGUAUUCCUGGCAGAAAAUUGGGUGAAGGGGCUUCUGGUUCGGUAUCAGUGGUGGAAAGAACUGACGGGAAAUUAUUUGCUUGCAAAAUGUUUAGGAAACCACACUUAAACAAUGAAGGCACCAACCAUUCUCAACUAGCAAACUAUUCUAAAAAGGUUACCACUGAAUUUUGUAUCGGUUCCACGCUGCAUCAUCAAAAUAUCAUUGAAACUUUGGAUAUGCUAACUGAAGGUGACACCUAUUUAUUGGUGAUGGAAUAUGCUCCAUAUGAUUUUUUUAAUCUCGUCAUGAGUAACCUAAUGACACAGGAGGAAGUCAAUUGUUACUUCAAACAGCUCUGCCAUGGUGUUAAUUAUCUCCACUCCAUGGGCUUAGCUCACAGAGAUUUGAAAUUAGAUAAUUGCGUUGUUACUAAAGACGGAAUCUUAAAGCUGAUCGACUUCGGUAGUGCCGUAGUUUUUCAAUACCCUUAUGAAGACACCAUCGUGAAGUCACAUGGAAUUGUGGGGUCCGACCCUUAUCUCGCUCCUGAACUAUUGAAACAGACAUCUUACGAUCCAAGAGUAGUAGAUGUGUGGUCCAUCGCUAUUAUAUUUUACUGUAUGGUUCUGAAAAGAUUCCCUUGGAAGGCUCCAAAAAAGAGCUUCAACUCGUUUCGGUUAUUUACUGAGGAUCCUGAAGACGAAGAUGAUAUUGCUCGAGGUCCAAAUAAAAUAUUGAGGUUAUUACCAAGACAUUCAAGGAAAAUAAUAGGCGGAAUGUUGACUUUAGACCCAAAGCAAAGGGUAUUAAUGAACGACGUGGUAAAGGAUGAUUGGCUCGCAUCCGUCCCCUCUUGCACUAUUGACCCUACAUCUGGCAACUUGGCUGAAAAACAGAAAAAUCAUAAGCAUCACUUGGUUACUGAAGAGGAGCUGAAUGAAAUGACCAAGCAACACGGAAAUAAGGAUUCAAACUAA